AUGGUGGCGCUUCUUCGCGCAAUGGGCACGUUAAGAAUCGACUUCAAAUCGCCGAGUCGUAUCGACGAUGCGCAGCAGUUCUUCAAUAUCAGCCAAACUUGUGACGAGGGCGAGCUUCCACCUGAUCUGGCAAGUGUUAUGAAACGAUUGUGGGCUGACGGAGGAAUCCAAGAAUGCUUCCUGAGGUCGGGCACACUUGGUUAUGCUGUAUAG